UCCGGAAGAGAAAAGAGAGCGAGGCGGUAACAAAAAAAACAACACCGCCUCGUUCUUCCGGAAGAGGAAGAGGAGUUAUAAUUUAACACCAACGGCCGGAAAGGGGUUGGCCCCAUCGUCCCGUGCACAGUCGCGUGGAAGGAAAUCUGUUGCGAAGGUGACGACCGGUUAAAAGUUUGAAUGGUGUUUCGAGAGCAGCAGUCGGAGAGACGCACGUCAUGAGCUCGCCCGUCAUCGAUCGAGACUGGGACCCAGAUUCACCUCUGGAGACGCUUUUGGACCAGCAGGCUCGCUCACAGUCCACCAUCACAACUCUGCAGCAUCAGCUGAGUUCCUUUGAGGAGCUCCGGGAACAAACCCUCCAUCACAUCUCCCUGGUGCAAGUGGAGAUCGGCGAGUUAUUCAGCGGGGGCCUGAACGACGACAGUCCCCAGAGCCCCCCUGGGCACAGGAGGAGCCAGCACCCUGCAUUCAGCAGUACCCUGCUGCCCUCGGCCCACUGUAAAUUGACGGGCAAGACCGCAGAGGCGGAAAAACUACCGGGCGAGAGCACGGCUCAGAGCCUCAGCGUUUCGGAAAACGUGAGCCGGCUCGUAGACAGGAUGAGCCUGUGUCUGCUCACGGACGAUCUCUCCGGGGUGGCCGAGGGCAGCGCCAAGACAUCGUCGCGCCCUUCGUCCCGCGGCGCCGCCACCUCCUCGGAGGAGUGCGACUGCGCGUCAACGAGCGGCGACUCGGCGGCGGCAGUGGAGGUGGCGGGGGACCGCAGUCCCCUGGAGACCGCCGGCGCCGAAGGGGGCGCGGCGACGGACGAUCUGUGGGCCGCGCUGGAGCGCAUCGGCCUGCUGGGCGCGUUCCUCCGCCACGAGUUGGAGAAGUCGCAGCUGCGAGAGUUGCUGCUUGUGCAGGAAGUGCAUAAACUCAGGGGCUUCGGGAGCGUCGGCGGGAGCGUCGGCGGGAGCGACGAAGCCGCGGACGAUGCCGAGGACGAGGGCCACCCGGUGAGGCCACGGCGGAGCCUCGGGGACAAGAAGCUGCUGAGGAUCUCGGAGCUGGAAGAGACGGUGGACAGGCUUAAGAAAUCGGUGAUGUCACUGGAAGGGGCGAACGUGAAGAUGCAGCUUCAGCGCAGUGACGGGCUGCAGCAGCAUUCCACGUCUGAGAAUCAUGCGGACGAACUCCGAUUGGGCCGUGCGUUUGAAGGGCGAGGGUUGCGGCCGCUGAGCAUGAGCAAAAGGGGCGACGUUACACAGGAGAGGGCUGACGACAGCGGCAUUGUUGCAGGCGACACGCUCGUGACGAGCCUUGUGGAGCAGGUAAAGGAGUUGAGGAGGGAGAGGGAGGAGUUGCUGUACAUGGUGAAGAAGCGCGUCGACGAGGUGGAAAGGACGAAGGAAGACGAGGUGAGCCUGAUGAGGUGCGAGCUCUCGCGGAACAAAAGCGAGGUGGAACGGCUCGAGGACUCCCGCAAUUACCUCGCGCAAAAGUUGACUUCACUGGACACGGAGAAUAAGGCUCUGGGCCACGUGGUGGUGGAGAAGGACCAGAUCCUGCAAGCCAUGCAGGGCGAGCACGCGGAGUUGCUGAGGAAGACUCUGAGACUGGAGCAGGACUUGCGGAGCGUCAGAGUCCACUUAGCGGAGACGGAAAAGCUGAACAGGGCCUACCUCAAGGAGCUCAAGGCAUUGCUCCACAGGUUUGAGGACCUUCGUGCGCACGCCAAGGCGCUGGAGAGCGAGAGAAGGCAGAACAUGCAGGACCGGCAGACCUUUUUGGACCUCCUUGAGGGCCUGAGGAGCGAGACACGGCGCCUGGAGAUGAGCUUCAGCGUGAAGAAGGCCGAGAAGGAGCUGGCGCAGCAGGAGGUGGAUCUGUUGAAGAAGGACGUGAAGAUUCUGACCGAAGAGAGGGCACGGUCGUUUGAGGAUAAGCGCAAACUGGAGAGUUCGGCAAUGCGGCUGAGGGAGGAGCUGAAGGGCGUGCGAAUUCGGCUUCAGCGAGGCGAGGUGGGCAGGAGCACGCCUCCGAGUGAAAUGGCAUUGGCCGAAGAGAACGUCCGAUUGGAAAGCGAAAAGCAGUUCAUGGAAGAGCUGGUGUCCAAGCAGAGAAGAGAGCUGGAAGGCUUGCAGGCUGACCUCGAGCGUUCAAAAGCCAUCCGGCAAAUCUCGGACGACAGCUACGGGAGCGACUGGAAGGAGGAGAUGCACGACUUGGUGAGGGACAAGAGCAGGUUGGAGACGAUCGUCGCGCAGCAGCGCGCCGAGCUCGAGGCCUUGAAACCGUCGUCACGGCGGUCAAAGCCGAACGGGAGCGGCGACGUGGAGGCGGAGUGGAGGAGCGAGAGAGCGGCGCUCGUCGAAAGGAACCGUGCCCUGGAGGCGGCGCUGAGGGCCCACGAGGCGAGGCGGGGGGCGGCCCCGGAGGACCCGGACGAGAGCGAGGAUGGCUCGUCGCGCUCCCGCGCAGACCGGCUCUCGUCGGCAGGCUCCGGAGCGCAGCGCCUGCGCGAUAGCGAGCGGGCGCACGCGGCCCUGGAGGCCGGAGUGCGGCGCUGGGCCGAGGAGCGGGGGCUUCUCACCGAGUGCCUGCACACGGUGGAGAAAGAGCGCGACCUUCUGCAGCUCGAGAUGAAGACGCUGCACAGGGACUACCUCAGCCUGAGCGAGCGUGUGGGCCAGCGCUUGGCCGAGCUGAGCCGGCGCCCGGACCCGCCGUCGCUGCCGCUCUCCGUCGCCGAGCUCCUCUCGGAUGUGGAGUACGCGGCGCGCGUCGGUUCGCACGGCCUGGGCGGCGGCGGAGCGCGCGCCACAGCCAGCGAGGACGACAGCGAGCGAAGUCACUUGGAGGAGCAGUGUGCUCGGCUGAGACGUUUGGCCGACGCGACUCAUCGCUGCUACAGCUCGUCCAGCGAACUGGGUGCGUCGGACGACGGGCACGCGUCCAUCCGCAGCGCUCCCGUCGCCCGCUUGCGCUCUGGCUCCCCGUCCCGCCCGCUCUCUGCGCCGUCGUCAUGGCAGGCUUCCCGCCCCGCCGUCGGUUCGCUCUCCGCUCGGCGCUCUCGCUCUCCGUCCGCCAACAAGUCCUCCGUCCCCGGGCUCGGCUCCGCGUCCGACCCGUUGUCCGAGCAGCUGCCUUACCCGGUGUCCGGCUCCCUGGCCGCUCCGUCGGCCUGCCUGCGCCACGACCGUCUGUCCGACUCCCCGCCGCCGCCAUCGGGAGGGAGGCCAGCGCCGCACGCGAGCGGCUCGCGCAAGCGGUGGCGGAAGAGAGAGGAGAGUGGCUCGCGGCCGCCCCGGGAUGACGACUGGCUGUCGCUGGUGACCUCGGUGGAGUGCGCGCCGUCUGGCCUCUCGGAUGACGAGCAGCAGGGAGACGCUCGGGGGAACGCGGCGACGUACAGGCAGCCCGGCUCGCUUGCUCCUCAGGAAGUGCUGAACAGCUGCGGCGAGCCAUUGGCUGAAGUUAAGGAUGUGGAUCCGCACAACUCGGGCCAGCCCAACAGCAUCAUGGUAGAAGGAGAAGAUAUGCCGGGUAGGCGUUCGUUCCUGCGCUACGUGCAGCAGCAAGGCUCGCCGCCGACCCAUCUGACGCCCGAGGAAGAGGGCUACGCCGAUCACAUUGUGCACAAGUACCUGUCGACAAGUGGGGGCCCGGCAGCUCCCGCGCCCCGCGUGUCCUGCUGAAGCCGGUGCGGCGGAGGCAGCGGCGGUGCCUGCGCCGCUACAAGCGAGGAUGUGGCGCGGUAUCGGGCAGAGCGGCACACGCGCAGAGCCCCGCAGCUGGACACAAGGAGUCGGGAAUAUUGCGUAUUGUUGUAUUACAGAUGUUAUGUACACGCAUGCACAGGCGAGUGCCUCUCAAAGGGCGUUUGUACUCAUUGUGCCGGACUCGUUAGCCCCCCCCCCCCCGCCCCUAGGUUGUAUUUGAUCAGAGUGGGUAUUUUUUAAAAUUGUGUUAUAUUUUGUAGCUUGCAUUCACCAUGGGCCAAGUAAAAUAUUCAAGGUUUUGGUUCUCAAUACUGAAUUAUCCCCAUUGACCAGCGUACAAAUAAUCUGUCAUAUGUAUAUAAUGUGAAACGCAGCAGAGUACGUAGAUGGGUAUUAACCGCUAUAAAUGACGCAGUCUCAUUCAAAAGACCACGGCUAUAUGUGAUUUAACACCAGCACAACUAGCUAUGGACACACAGUUGGAUAUGUUUUCUAUGGUUGGCUAUAUUUUCUUGCAUGUAGUGUAGACCGAUGGCUUUACGUAAAAUGUUUGUGUCCUGCUGGUCAUGGAUGCACCCUAGGUAGUAGUAGCCGGUGGGAAGACGUGUCCUCACAUUGGCUCAAUGCUGCAUAGAGGAAUUGUUUGGGUGAUCAAUUUGGCUUUUUGCAUUGAGGUGCGAGCCGAGUUGUCGUGAAAUGUAAUAAAUGGGCUUUCGUGUGGCAGCACUUAUACACUUGGUGAGUUUACAGAUAUGAAGUGUCUGUUGCUCCUGUGAUGUCAAGGAGGGUGGUGCGCAAGAGAUGAUCCAGAGCCAUCUGUCUCCUGGCCGCCCACCUUGCUUGCCAUAGUGAGCUUUGUUCACCCAUACGGUAAUCAGGCGUACCUAUUUUAUUUACCAGCAAGCAAGUUUGCUUAAAUGUGAGGGAAUAGAGUUUACACUGUGGAGUAGAACUGCAUUUUCGUUCAAGGACUGAUUUUAGCUGGGUGCCUAAGAGUCAGCAGUGGACAUUAAUGGGAUCUCGUUGUGGCAUCCUCUGUGUAUGAUAAGGGCCAACUGCAUGCCAUGACUCAAAUGUGAAGAAUGACCAUUGUGGUAGGAGAGUGAUGCUGUAUUUGUGUGUGUGUAGCCGCGUGGACGGUGAAGUUAAUGAUUGUUGCACACAGUUAUCAUUAAAUGCCUUGGACAAAUUGACCCAGAAUCGAGGUCACUGUAGCUAUUAAACCUAAAAGCCGGGUCAAGCUCAUUACAUGGUAAAUUAUAUUUUGUGGAAACGGGCAACAUCGACAUUCUUUUUUGCUGUAUCUCAGCGAUGGAAGCUAGCAACAGCGAACUUUCAUUUGUGUAGGUUUGGUAUUUGACGCUUGUUUUGACACUUUAAUUUAUAAGAGUCUGUAAGGUGUCUUGAGCUACAGUUUGACAGUCAGUGAGUAGACGUGUAACACGGACACUCAAUUAGUGGAGGCGUGUACAUCACCCAAUCGUUUUUUUACACAAAUCCAUCCAAGCCAUCAACAUUCAUCGUGUGAACGUUACCUCAUUGCGAUUUCAUACCAAACUUGAACAUUCAUAUUAACCAUUAACUAUGUACAUUCCAUUUUAAUAUUUAAAACAACCAUUCCAGUGUGUAAUGCGUAAAUGUUUCUGGCGUACAAUACAUUGUCUGCUCUGUGGUGGCUGUUUUUAUUUAUAACUUGCCAUUCGUCUGUCUACCGUUUAUUGACAUCGCUUGCAUUUGGAUCUGUGGACAAUAACAGUUAAAUGCUUGAAUUUAUCAUAGGGAAAUUCACGUUUUGCUUCCGAGUAAAGAGUUUGUAGUUGGGAAUGAAUUGGCAAGAAGGACAUAUCUGUGGUUGCCAAGGGUUGUACCAGUACUUGAUUCAGAAACACAUGUGCUCUUCUCACCAGGAGGUUUUGUCGUGGCAUGCUCAGAUGACGUUUGGAAAUCGUGCAACUUUCCACAAGUACUUUUUUUUAACGAUUAACAUAUUUUUUUAUUCGUGCCCAUAUUGCACUUCAGCUGAAAUCUUUUUGAUGGUGGCUGUAUAAUGUACUUGUACGUAUAGCGCACUCAUUUUCCCGCGUUAGGCAUUGUGUAAAAUAUCCCUAAACUUCUACCAGCACGGCAUGUGUGUUUUGCUUACACCGAGUGAGGUAUGAAUACUGUAGAUUUACUUUGUUUGGUCUUAAUGGCUUUGCUGUACAGCUACAAAUCCGUUUUCGGGUUGUUACCGAGUUUUGUUUGGCACGAUGUAAAAUGUUUAACUGAAGUGCUUAACUGAAAAGGUCACAGUAUGUGGAACAAAACGUUGGACACUAAUGCAGAACAACACGCGGUAAAACCCGAACUCGGGUUGGAAUGCUGUACUGCCGAUUUAUUUGCAUCGUGUGCGACUUAAUGCACCAUAAUUGAGUUGCUUUCUUAUUUACAAAUGGGUAAAAAGGUUAUUCGGGCUAACAGACAAAACAAGUGUUUGGAAUGUAAUCGUACCAUAUAAUUUUUAUGCGUAGAUUUAUCGAGGUAUAUUCAGGCUCCAACCACAUUUCUCUUUUGUUGGGGAAGCAAUUGUCUCUGACCCAUAUAUUUUUGGAAUGGUAACUCCUUAAUAAAAGUUGUAUUGCUCAAACAUUAACCUUGCCUUUCAGAGUCACUAUUCCGAUUUAAAGUAUAACAAACCAAGCAUUUUAAAAUGUUAAGUUCGGCGUAAUUCUGUCAAGCUCAUAAUCGUGCGUACAUAAAUUACAUUUAAAAAAAUUAAUACAUCCUCAACUGUUUAUGUGAGAUUAAGCUAUCCCAACAAGGAAGGCAAUAUGGUAUGUAGUUUCAUAUGUUUAUCAAAAGGCAAAGUAAUUUCUCGAGUGUCUUAUGGAGCUGUUCACAUUUGGAAUCAUUAUUCAUAUACACUUUAACAUUCAAUUUGAUCUGAGAGUUAAGUACGUUUUUAAUAACAUUUAUGUUAAUCCACUUCUUAAAUAAUUGUUCUACUCGGUGUGACAUUGGUAUUAUAUUUUUGCACAAUUGCAUGAAGAUUCAUGGUAGAACUUUCCUGUGAAUUCAAUGUGUCUAACGUUGGAUAUAAUGCAUCUAGGGAUUCUGUAAAAAGAAUAAUACAGGGAUCUAAAUAGACUUUUGGUAUUGUCUCCAACAAGCACAGUAAUGGAACUGAAUGGGCUAUGCCAUUCCAGGAAAGUUUUUUUUUUAUUAAAGCAACUUUAGAUUACAUGGUCUUAAGUUACAGGGUGAACAAAUAAAGAAAAUUAAAAGGUGUUGGAGAGUUUUUUGGACUUAAAUUAACAUUUAUUUUAACGUAUAUAUUUUUUUAAAUCAAAAAUAUUAAUAUGGCAGAGCUGCAUAAAACCUACGAGCAAUUCCGUGAAAAGGCUUAAUAUAUUUAGUCAUCUUCAUGGCAUUGCUUUCCGUUAUAACUGUGGUUAGGCUUAAUAUUUUUUGCAGCAACAGAUGACAAAUUGACAUUCCGGAUUUGGUAAAAACGCUCAGAAAUAAUGCUAAGUUGACCAGUGGCAAAAUGUGUCCUGUGAGUAGUUUAGACGCAUUUCCCACGCACUUAAAUUGUGGUUUAAUAGAUAAGUAAUUCUACUUCCAUUCAACACAUUAACUUCUCACAUUAAUGUUUUUGAGAAUUCAAAAGCAACGGUUGGCGAUUCUGAAGUGACUGCAUGCCGGUGACCGACCACGUGUAAGAAUUCUGAACGGUCUAGUUUUGAAAACUCAAAAGAGUUAGUGUGAUAGUGAGUGAUGUUUAUUUGCGGGAUGAGAGAAUAGAGAAAUAAUAAGCUGAAAUGUACUGUAAUUAGUGCAUAAUGGACAUGAUGCUUGUACACUUUGUAUUUAUCCACUAAUUUGUAUGUUUUACUGCUUAUUUCGUAAUGCACAGACUGGAGAAAUGUCACAUUCCAAUCAAACGUUUUGUAUUUACAGGAAUAACAUCAUGAAGGGCGUAUUUAAUUACAUUUAACAGGAGCGAGUGUUGUCCAGACAAUACAUGUGACUGGAAAUUACUAAAAUAUUAGCGUUGCUUUGUAUGCUUUUGAUUACUACAUUGCAAUAACAUGUAUAUUUUCACUCUACAUCACAAAUAAAAUGUCGCAUUACAGUA